AUGACAAGAAGGCGGGUGUUUGAAAGCACAGAAGGACAGCAUCCUUGGCAAUCUGAUAUGAAAAACAAUGCGUUUUUUCGAAGGAAAGUGCGGCCUUUUCCGGAGCUCUUCAGGCCGGGCCGUCGGCUUUAUGGGGGUUUGAUGCUUCUAGGUUUUCUUUCCCUGCUUGCAAAGUUUGCCUUGAUAAGUACCUUUCACGAAUUGAGUAUGGGGGAGAACCGUUUUCGAACCAGGCUUAAAGAUGUGUCAGCAGUUACAAACAAUGUUGUGUUUGAGGAAGACGUCGAAGUGGGUACUACGAGUACAAGGAUAUUGUCGCCGGAGAAGUUCCCGUUGAGGUCUAAUUUUGUGGCCCCGACUCCGGAAAUUUGGAUGCAGCCAGAUGGUGGCAACUACUAUAAAUGUAUCAACCCUUCGGCCGAAGAAAGAAGGAGUGGAAGUGAAACAAACGGUUACAUUCUAGUACAUGCAAACGGGGGAUUGAAUCAAAUGAAAACUGGGAUAAGUGACAUGGUUGCCGUGGCAAAGAUUAUGAAUGCCACUCUGGUUCUUCCUUCUUUAGAUCACAGUUCUUUUUGGACUGAUCCAAGUGACUUUCAAGACAUUUUCAACUGGAAGAAUUUCAUUGAAGUUUUGAAAGAUGAUAUUGAUAUUGUAGAGUCUCUCCCAAAACAGUUUGCAGCAGUUGAUCCCCCCACCAAGCCCCCGGUUUCUUGGUCGAAGCCCAGUUACUAUAGAGGCGAGAUGGUUUCAUUAUUAAAGCGACAUAAGGUUCUCAAAUUUACCCGUACUGAUUCUCGCCUUGCUAAUAAUGGUCUUGCUGGUUCCAUCCAAAUGCUCCGCUGCCGGGCAAUGUAUGAGGCUCUCAGGUUCACCCCCAAAAUCGAAGAUCUUGGGAAAAAGUUGGUCAACAGGCUUAGGAAUAAUACUAACCCAUAUAUUGCACUUCAUUUAAGAUAUGAAAAGGACAUGCUCGCCUUCACAGGCUGCGAUCACAAUCUUACCAAAGCUGAGUCUGAGAACCUCUGGAAAUUGAGGAGGAGCGUGUCGCAUUGGAAGGACAAAAAGAUUGAUGGCAGAGAGCGGCGAUUACAAGGAGCAUGCCCUAUGACCCCGAGAGAGGUUGCCGUGUUCCUUGAGACAAUUGGUUAUCCUUCUGACACAAAAAUUUACAUAGUUGCCGGGGAAAUUUAUGGUCAAAAUGGGAUUAAGCCACUGCAAGCAAAGUAUCCCAUCAUCUUCUCCCACUUCAAUUUAGCUACAGAGGAAGAGUUAAAACCUUUUAAACACUGCCAGAACCAACUUGCUGCCUUGGACUAUAUUGUAGCGCUAGAAAGUGAUGUUUUUGUCUACACCUACGAUGGCAAUAUGGCUAAGGCAGUCCAGGGUCAUAGGAGAUUUGAAGGUUUUCGGAAAACCAUCAGCCCUGACAAACAACAUUUUGUGAAGUUGAUCGAUAAAUUGGACAAGGGGUUGAUAUCUUGGGAAGAUUUUUCAGCCAAGGUUAAGAACUUACAUAAAAAUAGGAUUGGAGCACCAUAUCCUAGGCUUGCCCGAGCUUCCCAUAAGCAAGAGGAGACUUUCUAUGCAAAUCCUUUUCCUGAUUGCAUUUGUGACAAGUCCGAAGCAGAAGAGAACAAUAAGUACCGUAAAGUAGACCUAACACAGUAUUGGAUCAACUAA